GUCAAUUUGAACGUACGGGACAUCCAAGGCGUCCCACUCACAUUUUCAUCAACAGAAAAUCAAUAUCAAAACGUUCAGAAGAAAGAUCUGCCCAUCAUGAGUCAAGAUGUCGCAGAGCAAAACAUUCAGAUGUGGAAAGUAAAGAAACUCAUCAAGAGCUUGGACUCCGCACGCGGAGCGGGGACAUCCAUGAUCAGCUUGAUCAUUCCUCCCAAAGAUCAAAUUUCUCGUGCCUCAGCCAUGUUGACGCAGGAAUACGGUACUGCGAGUAACAUCAAGUCGCGGGUGAACAGAUUGUCUGUUCUUGCGGCUAUCACCAGUACCCAGCAGCGCCUUAAGCUGUACAACCGAGUCCCGCCAAACGGUCUUGUACUUUUCGUGGGCACCAUCCUUACCGACGAAGGUAAGGAGAAGAAGGUGUCAUUCGACUUUGAACCUCACAAACCGAUCAAUACGUCGCUUUACCUCUGUGAUAACAAAUUCCACACUGAGGCACUAUCCGAGCUUCUCGAGUCCGACUCUCGUUUUGGCUUCAUCGUCAUGGAUGGUAAUGGAACCCUCUUCGGUACCCUCUCAGGCAACACUCGCGAUAUCGUACAUAAAUUCACCGUCGAUCUUCCUAAGAAGCAUGGCCGUGGUGGUCAGUCUGCGCUACGUUUCUCCCGUCUGCGUGACGAAAAGCGCCACAACUACGUUCGAAAAGUCGCCGAGCAUGCUGUCCAGCACUUCAUCACAAACGACAAAGUCAAUGUAACUGGACUCGUUCUGGCGGGAAGCGCCGACUUCAAGACAGAACUCAGUCAAAGCGACAUGUUUGACCCACGCUUGGUUGCAAAGGUGAUCAAGGUUGUGGAUGUGAGUUACGGCGGUGAGAAUGGUUUCAAUCAGGCUAUCGAACUUGCAGCAGAUGCGCUGGCAAAUGUAAAGUUCGUGCAGGAGAAGAGGCUUAUCCAGAAGUAUUUCGAUGAAAUCAGCCAAGACACGAACAAGUACUGUUUUGGUAUUGAUGACACGUUGAAAGCGCUUGAUCUAGGCGCGGUCGAGACUCUGAUUGUGUGGGAGAACCUGGACAUCACACGUUAUGUAUUCCGCAAUGCUGCAGGAGAGGAAAUUAUCAUCCACGCAAACAAAGAACAGGAGAAAGAUCGCGAGAGAUUCUUGGAUAAAUCUACUGGUCUAGAAAUGGAACAUGUUACUGAUCCACAGCCUCUCCUUGAAUGGUUUGCCGAGAAGUACAAGGAGUUUGGAGCAAACCUUGAGUUUGUGACCAAUCGGUCGCAGGAGGGCGCGCAAUUCGUAAAGGGCUUCGGUGGAAUCGGCGGCUUGCUUCGUUACAAAGUUGACCUGACAAACCUAGCGGCCCUUGAUGAAGAUGAAGACGAGUUCUACAGCGAUGAUGAUGAUAUCUGACGUUAUGGUUGGCUCUUCGGAGCCCCGUCCACUGAUAGCACGUCGGGCGGGGCGGAGGCAGGGGGGAAGUCAGGGGAGAACAGCGAGACCGGUAUUGCGCGAGUUUCUGCAUUCGGUCACAGUUCAAUUGUUACACGCCAGUACUUGGUCUAAAGGUAAACGGUUCUUAGAGCGUAUGAACUACUAUAUGCGAGUGGAGUUAUCCUGAUGUUCGCCGAUGAGUAGUUUCAACCUAUGUAGUUGUAUCCUAUUGUUCGUUUGAUCAAUGCAUUUCUUGUGUGGUGCAGUGUC